CCAACCACCCACCCAACCAACCAACCUACCUGCCUGGCGCCUGAGCCACCCAGACACCCAGACACCUCCAGUCAGUGACCGCCCAUUCCCGUGUGUCUGACCCCAAGGCACCCAAAGCAUAGCAGGCGAGGCGGCAACCGAUCCGUCCUUUCUUCUUCCUUCGCAAACGUGCCCCUCGUCACCUAAACUCUCCCUUCUACAUACUUCGACACAACUUGUCAACGCUGUCGACGGACAUCUCGCCAUCUAUAACUUGAUCAUCACCCAACUCCACAGGAGCAGACCAUAUCCAGAACCACAACCCACUUUCCCGUCGCCCACCCGCAAUCCGUCAUCAUGCGAUCCAAGUUCAAGGACGAGCACCCCUUCGAGAAGCGAAAGGCUGAGGCUGAGCGCAUCCGCCAGAAGUACUCUGACCGUAUCCCCGUUAUCUGCGAGAAGGUCGAGAAGUCUGAUAUCGCUACUAUCGACAAGAAGAAGUACCUCGUCCCCGCCGACUUGACGGUCGGUCAGUUCGUCUACGUCAUCCGCAAGCGCAUCAAGCUCUCUCCGGAGAAGGCCAUCUUCAUCUUCGUCGAUGAGGUGCUGCCGCCCACUGCUGCUCUGAUGAGCAGCAUCUAUGAGGAGCACAAGGACGAGGACGGUUUCCUCUACAUCACCUACUCCGGCGAGAACACCUUUGGCGGCUUCGAAACGACUUAAGCUUCCAACCUUCUGAUGGUCCAGUCACCUAACGGCUUCAGAAUGUUCACGGCGUUUCGGUCUGCUAUGCGCGGUUCAGCACUUUUGGAAUGGGGUUUUCACACGGAUAUCGGUUUCCCCCGAAGCAGGGGUUUAUGACGAAGAAACGCAGUCACGUUAUCGCGCGGGGUCACAGGACAGGGUCAGGCGUGGCCCUCGGCCGAUCGCAGAGAAACACCCGCGCGGCUUGGGAAACGCACCAAGAUAUGAAGGCUCGCGAGGACGAUGCACGGAAACUGGCUUCAUGAAUUUCAAGUGGUUUCUUUAGAUCGCAUGGUCAGCUGCUUUCACGCAUUUCUCUCAUUCUCUCUCUCCCCUCUUUCGCUAUGGUGACCUUGGCAUUUUGUAUAGCAUACCAUCCAUUAGUGCGCAUAUCAGCCUGGCUUGACUCCUCUCGCACGUAUUUUAUUUAAUACCC